GUGGAGAAAGAAAAAUUGUUGGAGGUCAAACUUGUGGUAUAAAAUAGUUUCAAGACCACGUGGUUAGCAUCAGUCGAUUGUUCACUUCCCACAUUCAACAUGCAAACCAUCGUUGCCAUUUUCUUAGUAACCCUCGCAGCAGCUAACGCUGGUCAUUAUGGUGGAUCAUUAGUUGGUCCCGCUAAUCCAGGAGCAGUCAUCGCUGGUCCUUCAGCCAAAGCAUCUGUUGUUGGUCCAGAUGGUAGCCACGUCGUUGGUGGAGCCCAUGGUGGAGUUGUAAACGCUGCUCCAAUUCCCGGAGGUGUUGUAAGCGGUGCUGUAAGUCCAGGACAUGUUGCUGUUGGAGGAGUUGGUUUUGUAGCACCAAUUGCUCCUCUUGCUCAUGGUGCAUUAGGACACGCUGGUGGUGCUGUCAUCGCUGGUCCAUCUGGUACCGUUUACGGACACGCUGUCGGAGGACACUACGCCGGUGGUCUCGGUCUUGGACUAGGACUCGGUGGUCUUGGAUUAGGUGCUGGACAUGAUGGUGGUUACGUUCCAGAUAUUUCUGAACAUUUGUACGAUGAUGGAUCGUACAGACCCGAACAUCAUUAUUCCUUACAUUAAUUUGUAAAAAAAUUAAACGCUUAAGCGUAAAUGAGCUUUACGUGAAAAUGUUUAAUUAGACGACUGCCAUUGUAUUAUUCUGAUGACACUGUGUUUUUUCUAUAGUUUGUAAUUAUGUUUUUAUGUGCAUAAAUAAAUUAUUACAUGUAA